UGAAGGGGGAAAUGGCCGCUGUGCAGCUACGACGGAGAUAAGUGCCGGGAUAAACGUUCGGCCCGUCAGAAUCGUUGACUUUCUUCAAGAUAGCACAUUCUUUGGGAAGCCUUUCCUAAUUUUCCUUUCUGCCUGUAAGAUAUUAGUGCUAUCCAGUUUUACAAGGUAUUAUGACCAGACAACUACUUUGUGUAUUUAUAUAUCCACCUGUGUCCCCCACUUAAUAAAAUGAAUUGGAAUUUAGACUUUAAAUUUCUGAGAUUAUCUCCAGGAAGAAAUUUACAGUGUUUCAAAGACAUCACUUGACAACUUGCCACUUAUCAGAACCCAAGUAGGAAUAAUCCCCUGGAAGAAAUGGGUCGUUCCAACUCUAGAUCACAUUCUUCAAGGUCAAAAUCCAGAUCACAAUCUAGUUCCAGGUCAAGGUCCAGAUCACAUUCUAGAAAGAAGAGAUACAGUUCUAGGUCCCGUUCCAGGACAUAUUCACGAUCUCGUAGUAGAGAUCGUGUUUAUUCUAGAGAUUAUCGGCGAGAUUACAGAAAUAAUAGAGGAAUGAGAAGGCCUUAUGGGUACAGAGGAAGGGGUAGAGGGUAUUAUCAAGGAGGUGGUGGUAGAUAUCAUCGAGGUGGCUAUAGACCUGUCUGGAAUAGAAGACAUUCACGGAGCCCUAGACGGGGACGUUCACGCUCCAGGAGUCCAAAACGAAGAUCUGUGUCUUCUCAGAGAUCUAGAAGCCGAUCUCGCCGGUCUUACAGAUCUUCCAGGUCUCCAAGGUCAUCUUCAUCUCGCUCAUCAUCCCCAUAUAGCAAAUCACCUGUCUCUUCAAAAAGACGAGGGUCUCUUGAAAAGCAGACCAAAAAAACUGAAGGGGCUCCCCAAGAAGAUAGCCCUUUGAAAAGCAAAUCACAGGAUGAACAGAAAGAUACAUUUGAACAUGAUCCCUCUGAACCCAUUGAUGAUUUUAAUAAAUCAUCAGCAGCAUCUGGUGAUAUUUGGCCUGGUCUUUCAGCAUAUGAUAAUAGCCCAAGAUCACCUCAUAGCCCUUCUCCUAUUGCUACACCACCUAGUCAAAGUUCAUCUUGUUCAGAUGCUCCCAUGCUCAGCACAGCCCACUCUGCAAAAAAUACUCCUUCUCAACAUUCACAUUCCAUACAGCAUAGUCCUGAGAGGUCUGGAUCUGGAUCCCUUGGAAAUGGUUCUAGUCGCUAUAGUCCCUCUCAGAAUAGUCCAAUUCAUCAUAUACCUUCACGAAGAAGCCCUGCAAAGACAAUCCCACCACAGAAUGUUCCAAGGGAAGAAACUAGAGUACGUUCUUCAUUUUAUCCUGAUGGUGGAGAUCAGGAAACUGCAAAGACUGGAAAGUUUUUAAAAAGGUACACAGAUGAAGAGUCUAGAGUAUACCUGCUUGAUAGGGGUAAUACCAGGGAGAAAGAGGCCCCAAAGGAGAAAGGAACAGAAAAAGGGAGGGCUGAGGGAGAAUGGGAGGAUCAGGAAGCUUUAGAUUAUUUCAGUGAUAAAGAAUCUGGAAAACGAAAGUUUAAUGAUUCAGAAGGGGAUGACACAGAGGAGACAGAGGAUUAUAGACAGUUCAGGAAGUCUGUCCUGGCAGAUCAGGGUAAAAAUUUUGCUACCACAUCUCACCGGAAUGCUGAGGAGGAAGGAACCAAGUACAAAUCUAAAGUUUCACUCAAGGGCAAUAGAGAAAGUGAUGGAUUUAGAGAAGAGAAAAAUUAUAAACUUAAAGAGACUGGAUAUGUAGUGGAAAGGCCUAGCACUACAAAAGAUAAGCACAAGGAAGACGACAAAAAUUCUGAGAGAAUAAUGGUGAAGAAAGAAACUCAGUCACCUGAGCAGGUAAAGUCUGAAAAGCUCAAAGAACUCUUUGAUUACAGUCCCCCUCUACACAAGAAUCUGGAGGCGAGAGAAAAGUCUACCUUCAGAGAGGAGAGUCCACUUAGGAUCAAAAUGAUAGCCAGUGAUUCUCAUCGUCCUGAAGUCAAACUCAAAAUGGCACCUGUACCUCUUGAUGAUUCUAACAGACCUGCUUCCUUGACUAAAGACAGGCUGCUUGCUAGUACACUUGUCCAUUCUGUCAAGAAGGAACAAGAAUUCCGGUCCAUCUUUGACCACAUUAAGUUGCCACAGGCCAGCAAAAGCACUUCAGAGUCAUUUAUUCAGCACAUUGUGUCCUUGGUCCAUCAUGUUAAAGAGCAAUACUUCAAAUCAGCUGCAAUGACCCUAAAUGAAAGGUUCACCUCAUAUCAGAAGGCUACUGAAGAACAUUGUACCCGGCAAAAAAGCCCAGAAAUACAUAGGAGAAUUGACAUCUCUCCAAGUGUCCUGAGGAAGCAUACCCGCUUAUCAGGAGAAGAGAGAGUUUUUAAGGAAGAAAAUCAAAAGGGAGAUAAAAAAUUAAGGUGUGAUUCUGCUGAUCUUCGACAUGACAUUGAUCGUCGUAGAAAAGAAAGAAGUAAAGAACGGGGGGAUUCCAAGGGCUCCAGGGAAUCCAGUGGAUCCAGAAAGCAAGAAAAAACUUCUAAAGAUUACAAAGAAUACAAAUCUUACAAAGAUGACAGUAAACAUAAAAGCAGAGAGCAAGACCGUUCUCGAUCUUCAUCUUCUUCAUCAUCCUCUUCCUCAGCAAGCUCUCGAGAAGAAAAAGAAAGUAAGAAGGAAAGAGAAGAAGAAUUUAAAACCCAUCAUGAACCAAAAGAAUAUUCAGGCUUUACAGGAGUCAGCCGACCCAGAGGAACUUUUUUUCGAAUUAGAGGCAGAGGAAGAGCCAGAGGAGUUUUUGCUGGGACAAAUACUGGUCCAAACAACUCAAAUACUACUUUUCAAAAGAGACCGAAGGAAGAGGAAUGGGAUCCAGAAUAUACCCCAAAGAGCAAGAAGUACUUCUUGCAUGACGACAGGGAUGAUGGUGUGGAUUAUUGGGCCAAAAGAGGAAGAGGCCGUGGCACUUUCCAACGCGGCAGAGGGCGGUUUAACUUCAAAAAAUCAGGUAGCAGUCCAAAAUGGACACAUGACAAAUACCAAGGGGAUGGGAUUGUUGAAGAUGAAGAAGAGACCAUGGAAAAUAAUGAAGAAAAGAAGGACAGACGCAAAGAAGAAAAGGUAGAAAAUUCCAACUUGUCAGUGAAUUGAAGAGCAGAUUUCCAUCAGUGUGGGCUAAGAGGGUGAUGAUUUGUUAAAACUUAGUAAAUCUAAUUUUAUAAACAGAGCUUGCUAUGGUUUAUAUAUGGUAUGUAGUUUCCCCCUGGCUCUGUUAAUCUUCACUUUCUGUGUUUUUUUUAUUAUAGGAAUAGUAAAUCUGAAGUAAGAUUGCAACUGAGAGCAGAACUUGCACCCACCAUUUUUUUACGUGAUUUUUUUGUUUUCAAAAACGAAUGUAAGCAUUUUACUUAAAUUUUACUGUUUGCAAGUAGUCUGUAGAAUUUUUGUUUUAAGUCUUUAAAUAUCUCAAUAAUAGUAUAGUGUAUGUUGAGGAUUGUACUGAAGCAAAGUAGAAAGUUGCUACGUACCAUAUUUGUAACUAUCAACUUUAAAAAAAAAACUUUUACUGUUUUUGUUAUAUGCAUUGUAAUUCUGCUUUGUCUAUAAGAUAUGGUCAAGUACAACUCUGUGAAAGUUCUGAUUUUUUUCCCUCCCCCUGUUUGUCAGUGUUUUAUUCCUAAGUAAACUUUAGUCCUAUAUACAAAUCCCUGAACAGAAAUUGUUUAUACAGAUCGUUAAUUAUUUUAACAGUACACAACUGUUAGCAUCUUCCUUAAUAAGUAGAACACAUUUACACUGUAGGGUGACCAGUCUUUGAAGUAUACCACAGAACAAGUUGUGUUGCUUUGGUGAACUAAUAAUAAACAAGUUCAGCAUUACCAGUGAAUUUCUAAACUGGGGAAAUUACCAUUUUUGCUCAGCCUAACAGUUGAGAAGUAGAAAAGGUAAGCACUUCUCAUUAUAUACAUAGUAUUAAAAUCAUAUUAGAUAGUUUGAUGAAAUGGUUUUCUGCUGAGACUACUAAAUACAAAUAUAGGAAAACUUUAGAGCCCUUCCUCUUUUGCUUCAAAACCCACUGUUGGCACUCUUUGGGGACUGAUUCAUGGUCAGUGGACAAUCAGCUACUCUUUGAUCUGUAAUUAACAACAUUAUAGAUAAAACUACCUAAUUUGUACUAAGUUAAAAAAAAAAAACCCUUAAAUGCUUAUGUGAUGCGGAAGCUUAGGAUGGGGAAGAUCUUAUGAAAAACUUUUCAUACAGAUGUUUGCAGAGCUGAAGUAUUUAAUGGAAAGAAAAUAGUAACAUUUUAAUGUGAUUUUAAAAAGUGGAAUGUCUUAAAUUACAAAAUCAGCUACAUAUACAUUAGGCAGUAAGAACAAACUUACUCACUAGAAGCAUUUUGAAUAAUUUGUUUUUCAAAUGUCACCAAUAAAAAAAAUUUUUGUCAGGAAGUUUGUUGCAGCAUUAACCCAGCUUGCAUUUGUUUCUGUUUUAGUUUCAGCGUAUAAAAUGGCUUUAUUUUCUUUUUUGAGGUUUAGUAUUUACAUCUUUAAAAAAGAAUAAAAACCUAAAAUAGUUAAGAUUAAAUGUUAAUUGGAGCCCUAUAAUUAAGGAGGAAAAAGGAGAUUCCUCUUUUUCAGAUUUAAGAAAGCCAAAAUAACUAUGCUAAAUACAAGUGCUUGCUAUUUCUGUUAAAGCUUUAAACAUUUUAAAAUGAAAUUCUUACUCUUUUCUGCCAUCAUUUUUGAUCAACAUAUGCGUUUCUGGCACCUUGGUGUUUGCAGCAUUUGCCAAAAGUUGGUUUAAAAAAAAGGAUAGGGUGGGGAGAAGAAAAGGUAAAAUAUAUUUGGUAAAGUGAAAGAAAAUUUCAAUUAUGCAUGUUUUCCCUGUACUAAUUUGUCAUCUUUAAAUUGCUUAUUAAAACAUGUCAAAGCAAAAAUGCAUAUCAUUGCCAUUACUCAGGAAAUAAUCAAAGGCUGAAAUACCAUCUUAUCAAUGAGUUGAUCAUAUCCAAGCAAAUAACAUUUUCUUGGACAUUGUAGCAUUCAUUAAGAUAAUUUAUUUUACCAUAUUUGCUUUCCUUAAAAGGGACACUCAUUGUACAUUGUUGUAAUUUUUGUUUUCUGAAGAAAAUGAGUGCUUUUCUGUGGUAGGAACCAUAUGGGAACCACAGGACCUUUGUAAUUAAAGGCUAUCCUGAGAGAAAACAUCACAUCAUAUUUUGAAAGCAUAUAAGUGCUUUAACUUAGUAUGUGUACAACAAUUUUUGUUUAGUUACUUCCCUAGUUAAGAGGGAAGAAUCUCAGAUUAAUGCAAAUGCAUGUCUUCUCAAAGCCCAGUGUGCUUUUUUUUUUUCCUCCCAAAUCCACAAUUUAGCUUCAUACUUACUGACACCUAAUCAAAGCUAAAUUGUUUUUGUUAAGAAAUUGUCUAAUGUUUACAGUAGCGGGAAAUAUUAACCCUUUGGUACCUGCAUUGACAGACUUCCUUUUGCCCAGAGAAGGGAAACAAAAUGAACCAAAGGAUGUUUCCAGGAAGGAUUAAGAAAGCUGCUUAAUCACAAGAAGGCCAUGACUCAGUUCUUAGGUGUGUAUACCUUCCAACAUCCUAGGAGUUUUACUAUUAAGUGCAAAAAUAUAUUUUUUUUUACAAUAUCAGACUGCUUUAAGGAGUUAUUAUUCCUUUUUUUUGUCACAGUUUAAAUCAAUGUUGGGCAUUAAUUUGAGAAAAGUCUUCCCCAGUAAGGAUGGCUAUAAAGAUGGUUAGAUGACUCCAUUCAGUGUGAUGUAUAUUGCAAUAGGGACCCUUGUAAAUUGUCAUAUGCCAAUAAAAUGUCAUAAGUGGUAA